AUGGCCGAUGCACAAUCUCCUUUUGCGUCCGAACUCCUUCGAAUGGUGACCGAGCUACAACAGGCAAACCAGCGCAUGGCGCAAAAAAAUCAGAGAAUGGCUUAUCAGAUCGCUGAGUUGAACAACGCUCGGAUAGAAAACAAUAAUGGCCGUCAACCACAACAGGAAGACGAGGAACACCAAUCUGAUCCUUCACAUGUUUCCGAAACUAUUCGGAUUCAACCACAAGACGAAAAAGUGCAGCCUGAAGACAAAGAUAAGGAGCCCGACAAUUCUGUGGGACCCUUCACACCAGAUGUGAUGAGCUUCGAGAUGCCACGAAGGUUCACCUUACCAAUGACUCUUACCCCCUAUGACGGGCUUGGUGACCCAAAGAAGUUCCUCAAAAAGUUCCGAUCAAUAAUGAUCGUUAAUGGUGCAUCUGAUCCUGUCUUAUGUCGUUGCUUUCCAUCUUAUUUGGAUGGCCCUGCACUUGACUGGUUUUGUGCUUUGCCUGCAGGUUCAAUCUCCAGGUUCCAGGAGCUGGCCAAGCUAUUUGAAGAUCAUUUUGUUGGAUCUGCUAUUUAUUUGCAUGACUCAGAUUAUCUGAACACGAUAAAGCAAGGCCAGAAUGAGAGCUUGAAGGACUAUAUGACUCGCUUCACGAAGGUCGCAAUGAGCAUACCAAACCUCCACCCCGAUGUCCAUUUGCAUGCCAUCAAAAGCGGACUCCGGCCAGGAAAGUUCCAAGAGACCUUCCCUAUAGCCAAGCCGAAGACCCUGGCCGAGUUUCGCGAAAAAGCCAAAGGACAAAUCGAUGUAGAAGAACUCAGACAAGCUCGAAAAGCCGACAAAACACAAUACAGGGACAAGGAUAAGAUACAAAACAAUAAGAAGAAUUUUAAACUAACUCCUCGAUUUGAAUCCUAUACACAGUUUAACACAAAGCGGGAAGACAUCAUCAAAGAGAUCUUGAACUCAAAAUUGAUCAAACCCCCGAGGAAGGCCGGAACUUAUCAAGACACAAGGAACAUAGAUAAAUCUAAAUACUGUACUUUCCACCAGAAGCACGGCUACACCACUGACGAAUGUGUGGUCGCAAAAGACCUUUUAGAGCGACUAGCUCGGCAAGGUCACCUCGACAAAUACAUCAGUGGCCAUAUGAAGAAGAGCACGCCAUCCUCUACUAGAAACACUUCGUCAGAACCGCAAUAUCGGGGAAAAGAGAAAGCGUCUUCAAGCCCAUAUGAACCACCUCGAGGUGUAAUUAACUGCAUCUCAGGUGGGUACGCAAGCGGAGGAGCAUCAAGCUCGGCUCGAAAGAGAUCUGUUCGGGCAAUGUAUUCAGUGGAAGGAACUCAAUAA